AUGGAUUAUCGUCGUUCUACACAUCAUGAAACAAACGAAUCAAAUAAUCCUUCGGCACCAGUGAUGUAUCCGCAAUCAUAUGGGAAUUUUAGUCCAUAUGGUGGUCCACGAAAUGAAGUAGAAAUGACUCUUUUACCACAACCAGAACCACCACCAAGAGCUGAUCGACCAAUAACAAUACAAUCAGUUGAAAAAGCAAUCAACGAUGGAAUUAAAAGGGCCCAAAGUGAUAUGGAAUGUGGUUGUAAUUAUAAUCGCUAUGCAACGAGAAAGACAAUGGGGCAUGGAAUGUUAGAAUUUGCCUUAUUAACCUCAAAUGCGAUGCAAUUACGAACAUUAUUUCUUCAAAAACAUCGUAAUGCAAUCUGGAUUAUUUCAAUAAUUUUAGUAUGUUGUUCAAUAUUAUUACAGAUUGGACUGGCUUUUUUGCUCGUAUUAGUUGGCAAAGGCGAUAUACGAAAUCCGUUAAAACAAACGAAAUUAGAACGUCUAAAUAAUUUAUCACUAUUUCUUAUUUUACUAAUAUCAUCAUGUAAUGUCGUCAUCAAUGCUUUUAUGACGACCAGUUCAUUAAACUAA